UCAAGUCAAGAAGAAAAGUCCCUGCUGCCUGUGGAUAUAAACAUAACCUCUUCCUUGGUCGAUGGGUAACCUUUAAUUCAAGUUUUAAACGCAAGUUAUAAAAGAGAAAAUGUUUUAUCACAUUUCAUUAGAACACGAAAUUUUACUACACCCGCAAUAUUUCGGACCCCAGUUGCUCGAAAAAGUCAAGACUAAGUUAUAUACGGAAGUGGAGGGUACAUGUACUGGAAAAUAUGGAUUUGUUAUUGCUGUGACCACUAUUGAUAGUAUAGGAGCAGGGCUAAUAUUGCCUGGUCAAGGCUAUGUUGUUUACCCUGUUAAAUACAAAGCAAUAGUAUUUCGACCCUUUAAAGGAGAAGUACUUGACGCUGUUGUUCGACAAGUUAAUAAGGUGGGAAUGUUUGCUGAAAUUGGACCAUUGUCGUGUUUUAUUUCACAUCAUUCCAUACCAGCUGAAAUGGAAUUUUGCCCCAAUGUAAAUCCUCAGUGUUAUAAAACAAAGGAUGAAGAUGUGGUAAUUCAUGCCGAAGGUGAAAUAAGAUUGAAGAUUGUAGGUACUCGGGUAGACGCCACUGGAAUAUUUGCCAUUGGGACUUUGAUGGAUGAUUAUUUAGGUUUAAUUAGUAGCUAAGUGUGAAAUGUAUAUAAUUAUCGUAUUUUAGAAAAAUUAAUAAAUAUUUUAUUUUGA